AAUUGUCCCUUAGAAUAACGACUUAUAAGAAUAUUGACUAUUUACUGCGAUCUUUUUUAUCUCUAAUUUCUCACUUCUCAUUCUUGAUCGCUAUGCUACACUCAACAACACACUGAAUGUUCCACCGUUCCAACUCUGCCACGCCACGCACACUUUUCAGCUGCACGAGCCGGGACUACUAUGUCUACCAAGUCACGAGUCCUGCUCCUCCUCCUCCUCCUCCUCCAGUUCAGGACGACAUCAAGGGGACGAAGGUUGGGCGAACUGGGAAUGGAGGCAACAUUACUCCUGGCAGCGAGAAGCGCAUCAUCGGCAGUCUAGCGGCACUCAACUGUCGUCGCCUUGAUGCCGGUGAUGAUGAAGAUACGGAUACUGAGGAUGGUUAUAUGGUGGAAAGAUCUCUACCGGAACUGCAGCAUUCCUACUCCAGUAGCUCCUCCUCUGCUACCUCCUGCUCCACCAGCAGCACCGGUGGCCAUUCGUUCACUUCCUCUUCCAACACUUCCUGCCAGUCCAUUCCACGGAACUGGCUAGAGCUCGUGGGCCCAAAGAUUCCCUUUCCAUUCCGCAAAAGGACUCUCGUGUUGAUGUAAGUGCCCGACGUGUGUGUUGUAUCGAUGUUUGCCGUGUUUCCGCUACCGUCGUUUGGAGCUUUGGGACAUUUGUUGCGUGUGCGCUUUGCUUUGCUUAGUUUGCUGUUGUAUUGUUUUUGCAGACUAUUUGCUGUGUCUUGAUGUGUGAGUUUGGUUUUCGUUUUUUUAUGUAUAAAUAUUAGUAUUUGCCAGGAAUUGCAAAUCACAUUACAGAUGAUUUGACAACUCUUGUUGAAUA